AUUUGUUUUGUUAUGUCAGGUGGUCGGCCUAUUUUGUGUUAUCAUAACGAAGGGUCCUGUACUUUUGGAAGCAACUCGAAGUUUUUAAAAAGAUACCUGCCUACCGUACCUAAGAUAAUGUCUGAUGAGAAAGCAUCACAAUUUGGUGAAGCAACACCUGACGCUGGCUGCUUGCUGACUGAAGCUGAGGAAGAUGCUUGCGGUGAAAAUGUAUGCAUAGCUGUGCAAGGAUGUUGCCACGGGGAGCUAGAAAAAAUCUAUGAAACAGUGCAGUACAUUCAGACAGCAAAAAACAAGAAGAUCGAUUUACUGAUAUGCUGUGGUGAUUUUCAAGCUGUUAGAGAUCAUGAAGACCUUCUAUCAAUGGCCGUCCCGCCAAAAUACAGACAAAUGGGUGUGUUUAAAGAUUAUUACUCAGGGGUGAAAACUGCCCCAGUUCUUACCCUGUUUAUUGGGGGUAACCACGAGGCAUCGAAGCACCUCUGGGAGCUUCCCUUUGGUGGAUGGGUUGCACCAAAUAUUUACUAUUUAGGUUAUGCAGGCGUGGUUAAUUAUGGUGGAUUUAAGAUAGGUGGGAUAUCAGGGAUAUACAAAGACCACGACUUUUAUAAGGGACAUUUUGAAAUGCCCCCAUUCAAUGAUAGCACAAUGAGAAGCAUCUAUCAUACAAGAAGCUACGAAGUUUUCAAGCUGAAAGUGCUUAAGGAACAUUUAGAUAUAUUUAUUAGUCAUGAUUGGCCCAAAAAUGUAUAUAACUAUGGUGAUGUUGAGGAUCUUCUUAGGAAAAAAAGAUUUUUCAGAGAGGAGGUUGAAAGCAAAAGACUUGGCAGCCCAGCUUGCUUAGAGCUUUUGAAGGCAUUGAAACCAUCUUUUUGGUUUGCUGCCCAUUUACAUGUGAAAUUUGCUGCUCUUGUUGAACACAAAGAAAAUGGUGAUGGAGAAAAGACAUUUACAAAAUUUCUGGCCUUGGAUAAAUGUCUACCAAACAGGAACUUUUUGCAAGUCAUAGAUAUGGGGCCAUCAACUGGGAAAAAAGAGCUCCAAUAUGAUGAAGAAUGGUUAGCAGUGACAAAAUCAACAUAUACACUGUAUAAUGCAACAUCCCGUGCCACUUGGGUUCCAAGGAACGAUGAAGAACUUGAAAAAUACAGGAUAACAGAUAAACAGAUCAAUGAGAUUAGAGAGACAUUUAAAGACCUAUCCAUACCCCAGAACUUUGAGAGAACAAAUAGCUCAAAUUCAAAAUCUGGCAACAGUAAUAACCAAACUAUGGAACUGUGUGAAAAGCUUGAUAUAAAAAAUCCAUGUAAUAUAUCAAUUAUAAGGAAAACAGAGAAUUAUGGUCACUCCAAUAAAGUUGGAUCAAGAGACACAUCAUCUGACCUUGAUUCUAGCAGUUCAGAUGAUUUUAAUGAGAUACCAAAUUUUGCAGGUGAUCCCAGUGAGAUAUCAUUAGAUGAUGAUUCAUCGGAUGAUGGAGAUGAAAGUGCAUUGAGUAGUACCAGUUUCUCAAAAUCUUCAGAGGUUGAUUCACAAGCUGAAUCUAAAGAAAUGAAAAGAAAGCAUUCAAGUGAUGAGUUUUCUGAUGAACCAAGCCAGAAGCCAACCUUUCUUGUAAGGCGCAACAAAGCAUUAUAUGCCUCAUUAGAUGAUGAUAAUUCUGGGUCAAGUAGCUCUGACUGUUUGUAAAAUCAAACUAAAACAGUAUAAACUGUUGUGUUUUGUUAAGAUAUUUAAUAUUUAGUAUCCUAUACAAAUUUUUAAUUUUAUUUUUGCUAGUAAACCUGACAAUGAUAGCAGGCAUAUUGCGUUUUCUUAAAGAGUUUAUGUAUGGAUUCAAAUAAUUUCCAUCAUUAUUUUUGUGUGUGACAAUGCCUCUUCAACCAUAACUAAAUUAUGAUUUGAGAGUUGUGACAGCAGAUUGAUACUCUGUUGAUUAGUUUUUGUUUCUGUGGUCAUAAGUUGAUUUAUGCACAUACAAAUGUUUUGGGGUAGUCCGGUGGAUUCAUUUCAGAUAACCUUAAUAUCUAAUUCUGCAACCAACAUUGUUUUGGCAGCAAAGGGGAUGCAGUGUCAGGGGAUUUUUUACCAGAAACAAAUAUUUUUUCAAACAAAAAUGAAAUAUUUUUGUUUAAGGGGUAAAAUUUUUUAGAGCUUGAUGAUGAAAAAUUUGCCCCCUAUGUUAAAAUAACAUGGAAGAUAAUGCAUAGGAAUACAAUGCACUUGAUUCAUGUUAUCAUUCUAGUCAUAAAGUGGACAAAGAGCAAUAUAGAUCAGUUAAGCAAACUAUUUCACCUCUCAGUAUUAGCUUUAUAAUUGAGUUCCAGGAGCUAAGCAUGCCACUUACUGAAAUAAAAAGAUGCACCCCAUGCUUAGUGGAUUCAAAGUCCCAGGUGUAGCAGUAGCUUACCAUCCAUGUGUUGAAAUGUUAUAAUCAGUCUUAGUUAUAAAAAAGCAAAAUUUAGCUUUGUUGAAAUGAAAAAAAGUUUUGAAUUUUUAACAGUUGUUACAUAAAUAUUCUCUGUCAAGCAGAAACACUUUAAUACUUGGCAACAAAAGAAAAAUAACUGUAUAUGAUCUCCAAUAUUUAUAAAACU